UCAACAGGUGGAAACGUUUGCUGAAAGAAUUGCUGAAUUCAUCCGUUAUUUUUGCUCAAAGUGAUUGUGCAGUGAGUGUUGCAGUUAGAAGAUUGUUUUUGAUGAUGAACAAUUGUGCUGUGAAGCUGUGUGUGGAGUAAAUGUAAUAAACUUCACAUUCUACCUGGAUAUGCCUAAACCGGAAAUGAAGCAUAAAAUAAAGGAAUUUCGAGUACUGUGGUUGCUAAUUCUACUGGUUUAUAUACGAGUUUCAGGUGGUGAAUUUUAUGAUUCGAACGAUAGCGUAGGUGGUAGUUCAGAUAACGCCGGGAAUCAUUUGCUCAGUUUUCCAGAGAGUCGUGAUGGAAGAAGCCCUGAUGAUGAGGGUUCGGCGAGUACUAAUCGCAUCAACGGUAAGGGGUUAAUAGUUCCGGAAAUAAAUUUUCUAGCUAAGUUAAGACAAAGACAGCGCGAAAGGCCGCAGGUUAUUCCCGCGGUUGCUUUUUCACGAGGAGAUCAAUCGGCUGAUGAUGGAAUCGAGAACGAUUGGCAGUUGAAACAGCUGAUAGCGAUGAACCUUCCGAAUGGCGACGAUGCCAACAAUGAGUUGGCGUCUUUGGAGAAUGACCUAAGCAUAGUGCUUGAUUUUUUAGCAAAGUACAAGGACGAACUUCUCGAUGAAGGGCUGCCCGAUUCGAACGUUGAGCUACACGAUAGUGGGCAGAAACGUGCGGCCGCACUAAGAUCUACUAUGGCUAGGCGAUCCCACGAUUUCCCCGGCAGCAAGGAACGCUUCGCGCCGUCCAUCAGUAUUGGUGAGUUUUACGGAGCCCUCACAAAUUUGGGAGAUUUUUUUCAACAUUUGAAACAUAACCUAGAGUCGUUGGAAUCCAAGAAUUUGUCCCAUGACCAGGUGAAGCUUCUAGAAGGCCAGAACAUGAUUUCGAAUCUACGGAAAGAGCUCAUCGAAGAAUACCCAAAACCUGCCGGCAGUGCGGCAUUCCUACACGCUAUCCGGAAUUACCGUCCUUCGAACCGAAUAAGAGCACUGGUUUCGUCCGUACCGGAUCUGUACCGAGGGACCAAUUUUCACGAUCCGGUGUACAAACUUGCCGGACUAGGAAAAUAAGCUUUCCCUUGGUUUAUCGCCCACUACCUCUGCUCUCGUGCUAAGGUUUCGUUCGGUUUACGGUUCUGCUUAUCCUGCACGAAUGAACUCCAAUACCAACGAUUGUUUUUGUUUGCACUCAUUUUGUAUUUAUUGUAAUUACCAAUGACAAACGCUUGAAUUGGUCCCGCCUGUAUAUUUUGGUUUUGUGUUCGGUUUCAUUUCGCAAGGAAAAGGUAGUUGCAAUGAAGGAAGUUAAAUGAUCUGUGACUUUGAAUGUAACUAAAAAUAGUAUAACAGCUCAUAUAAGAACAGUGCUGAUACGGGACACAACAAAAUGUGUGAAGGAGACGCAUUGUAAAUUAAAAAAAAACAUUAUGCAUGUCACUAGAUUGUAUUGAAUAACUUUACGCUUUUGAUGUGUGGAAUAAAUUACCUUCUACUCUUAA